AUGCCUACGAGCUUUUUGCUGAGUGAUCGCACUGAGUCGACUCGAGUCCGAGAACCUGGGUGUCUUGCUACUGCCUGGCCAGCCUCUCGACAACACAACCAAACUCCGGGAGUAUUGCUCUCAACUACCUCUAGUGGGGUCUUUACUACGGCUGCUCCACGCGAUCUUAUUUGCACUAGCCACUCAGUUGCCUCAACCUCCCUGGUUGCCCCCAUCAGCUCAGUCUCAGUUUCUGCCCCCAACUUCACCAACGCUUGCUCGGAUUCAUCUAUUAUCGUUUCUUCGAGUACUUCAGGUAUUUCAGGUGUGAUAUGUUAUAUGCUUAACAACUGGGUUUUUAAGCUUCUAUUUCGUGGGUUAUUUGAUUAG